CUGCUUCCUGCAAGAAAUAGCGGCAUUUGUCGGAACUGGUGAAAUCAAUAAAACAGAGUUUGUGCAAUAGCAGGAACCACGCUAUUCUCAAAACAUAUGUUUGUAAUUGUAAUAAUAGACUUUAUUUUGAUAGCUCUAAAAUUUAGUUCGUUAAUAAAUUAAGAACAAGUUUAAAACAGAGUUGGGUAGAUGUAAUUUAGAGUGUUAGGUAGUAAAAUUAAUCAAGAAACAUGGUGGUUUUUAAAAAAUCCGAACAAAUGAAAAUGACAACAUAUCCUGGGAUGCAAUUAGGCGGCGAAGUUAGAGAAAGUAUCUCUCUGGACGAGGAUGAUUUAAGUGACGUUGAAGAUGAAGUUUUUAUUAGGGAUGGAAAGAACGGAUACAAACUCGCCGAAGAAUUAAACGUAAAAAGACCCUUAAUGGCUCCAAGAAGAAGACCCAAACAGAACAUAACUUUGAAAUUAAAAAAUAAACCACCAUGUAGAGCAUUUUGUAAACCUUGUUGUUACGUUUUUGUAGCAUUGAGCGUUUUAAUAGGUUUGAUAGUGUUGGUAGUUGUAUUAGUAUCCAUUUUUCCAUUACCAUUGGAUAGACUGAGAGAUUGGAUAAUAAGAAAAUCAAAUGAAGGAGAGGCUAAAGCUCCAAAAUUGUUGCCUUGUAAUAAUUUUAAAGUGAAUAACGUUUGGUCUGUUAAUUUGCCAAAACUAACGAGUGAAUCGCCUGUUAGACUGCUAGAUGUUAAUAAUGACGGGUUUCAGGAUGUAAUAUUUGGUUUUGGAACAGGUGAUAAUAUCAAUGUGAUGCAAACGGAUAUUUUUUGUCCGAUAUUUUUGGGGGUGCCUUACCCAUGUGAUGGCGGUAUUAUAGCAUUGGACGGUACAAAUGGCAACAUAAUUUGGAGACAUUGGCUAAAUGAUACUAUUUUUAAUUUGCACUGUACCGCCGAUUUAAAUGCCGACAAUCAGGACGAUUGUUUGGCUGUGGGAGCUGAUGGAACUAUAACAACAAUAAAUUCUAAAAACGGAUCGACAAUAUGGCAACUUAACACAGGAAAAAUAAAUGUUUUUGUCGCAAAUUUUAUCCCGGAUCAAAAUUCAGACAACGUAUCAGAUAUUUUGGCAUCCCACACUGCUCUGGAAGGUAAAGAUGGACACUUGAUAAUUUUAUCCGGCAAAACUGGAGAGGAAAUAAAAAGAAUUAAUACGCCGAAUGGGGCAAAAACAUUUUUUAUGCCACAGUUGUUAAAACAAAAUGAAACCAGUACCGUUGUUCUUAUCGGUACUGGUAGUCCAAGCAGUCCAGGCAAUUUAAGUUCCGUCCCAUUGAAGGACUUAUUAACAGACAAUCUGUUCAAUAACACCAAAACAGUAUACGAAGAAAAAUCCAAGGGAAUUUUCACUCAAGCAAUUUUGGCUGACAUAACAGGAGACGAUGUUUUCGAUAUAAUAAUGGCACUGUACAAUUCCACAGUUGUUGCUUUCGAUGGUAAAACUUUUUCGCAAAUUUGGAAUUUCACUGUGCCAAAUGGAGAGACUAACGUUUCUCCCAUUCCGGGUUAUUUUAAUUCGGACGAUAUUCCUGAUUUUAUGGUCAUAUAUAAAAAGUUUGACAGUAUUCUUGGAUAUCAUUAUACAGAAACAUAUAUUCUUGACGGAAAAUCAGGGAAACCAAUUUACCCAGCAGCUGGAAAAAGUAUAACAUCUCAGAUAAACGGAGUCAUAUUAAGCGCAGAAGGUUAUGGGUUUGACUCUUAUGUUUACUGGACCUCAGAAUGUGUACAAAAUAAUGGUAACCUAAACAAAAAUUGUUUGCAACAAGAAAAUGCCUCUACAAUUUUCCAUCUUAAUGCCUUGAACCAAUUCCACGAUCAGCCCGGAUUUAUUAUCUACGAUUCGGCAAAUGCAUCUAAAUUGGAAUUUAAUAAUACCAAAUCAGCAAUCAAGCACAUCAAAGAAUAUUACACAAAUCAUCCAAAACCUCAAUAUACUAAUAAUAAUAACAUUAUUAAUAAUCCUGGCCAAUCAGAAGUUAAUGAAAAUUAUAAUGUCAAUCCUAGACCAAUAGACGUGAAAAAAUAUGGUUCUUCUAGUUUUAGGCAUAAAGAUAACCGAAAUGGAAUUAUUAAGGAUUUUAGCAUACCAAAUCAACAGUUUCAGGACGGGCCCAAAUAUGACACCAAUUACGAACAAGAAGACCCCGACUGGGCCGAUGACAUGGACCCUGCGCUAUUCUACGACGCAAUCCCGUACAACCAGAAACCAAACAUCCCUUACAACGCGAAUCUGCCCGAUAAAGGCAACGACAGAGACCCAAGAAGCAAGCAAAAGGCAAGCUCCGCCGCCCAUAUAGCAACCAACCGAGAAACAAAAUCCAAAAAGAAAAACCUAUCGGAAAACAAAUACGGCAUCUACGAUUACCAGAACAUUAAAAACGCUAGAAGUCGUUUGUCAAAUGACAUCAACAACACGCCAACUAAUAUUCUGAAGGACACGUAUUUUAAAAACGAGGAGAGCCGGCUAAAAAAGUCGCGUUUUGAACAAAGGGAUAUAAACGACCGCCAGGAUAGGAUUAAGGAGAAUGAGGAGAUUAAAAAAAUCAUAGAAAAGCAAAAAGAGUCCAUGAAGAAUAUGUCGUACAGUUUGUGGGAUUUAGAAUCAGAAAAGGAGGAGGAAGAAAAGGAAAAUAAUCUCUAUAGAGCAAAGAGGGAUGUUGAUGUGGGUUCAAACAAGAUUAGGAAGAUUAGUUCAAUUGGUGCUGUUUUAAACCCAAUAAAUGCAACUAACUCAAGUUUAGAUUCUAUAGAUUUAGUUUUUAUUGUAUAUUGGCAACAAGAGUUCAAUAACCAAAAGGAGCUACUAAAAAUGGAAAUACAAGAAUGUAUUGACGAUAAAUUACGAAAAUCAUCAGAGGAUAAUUCCCCGAAAACCACCACAAUCGAAGAACAAAAAGCAGUUUUUCAAGCUGAAUGCAACGAAGAGCAAACCAACAUGAAGAACGAAUUCGAUUUUUUCAACGAUUUGUUCCAACUAAAAUUGGGCCAAAUGACGGUAUACAGGAUAAACAUUAAAUGCGAAUGCGAAAAUCUGGACUCCAAAAAAGAAAAAUGCCCCAAAUUUUUACCCUACGAGCGACAAAGUUGGCCGCAGUAUUUAGGAAAACUUGGAGAUGGAGUUUUCCAACCAAGAAAAAUGAAGAAGUUUUAAAUCAGUUAUUUUGUUGUUAUCAGUAUUUUUAUAAUUUGGUUAGAUUUUGAAGGUAAAUCCAAAUGUUUUUAUUUUAUGUUUUUUAUAAAAACAAUAUUUUUUUAAAAUAUUACGCUAGAACUAAAGACAAUAUUAACAAACUAAAAAAAAUAUGUGUAAAAUUAUAAUUGAUUUAAUCCAAUAUGCUG